UUUUGAUCCUCCACUCCACCCUCCGCUCCGAAACUCACUCACUCCCCAAUCCCUAAUCCUUCUUCUCUUACAAUUCACAUUCGCGCCAACACUACCGAACAUGCCGGACUUUACUUUCAAUCUCCACCACAAUUCCGAAUCAAACAGUGCUAACGAUUGGAUUUCUGAGAUUAGCUUUCAGAGUGAAAAGCUAUGGGCUGUAGAAUCGAAACUGUUCUUAAAUUAUGUUGUUGUCCUUGUUGAGUAAGCGUACAUUGGAGGUUGAUUCCAGGGAUUCUUAUGGAUUUGCAUUAAGGCCUCAAUACGCACAAAGAUACCGAGAAUAUUCCUUGAUCUACAAGGAAGAGGAAGGCGAAAGAUCGGAUAAAUGGACAAGUUUCAUUGAACAGAUAGACAAAUCAUCUCAAGUAAAAUCUUCUGAGAACAAACAUAAAGAAACAUCGGAAGCUGAAAGUAGUGAGGUCAAAGAAGAGGAAAAUCCUCAUAGGGUAAGUAAUGGGGAUUAUUCAAGUAGCAGGAGUUUUUCUGGAAGUACAGAGGUAGAAGACACAAAUGCAAACAGAACUAGUGAAGGAAACAAUUCAAGUGGGAGGAAGUCUUCUGGCACAAAGUCUUUAUCUGAUUGUUCACUAAGAAAUAAUUCUGCAAAGGAACUGCACCAUUCGGAAGAAAGAAAGACCCGUAAGGUUCAACGCUGGGCUGAAAUUAGACCAUCUCUUAGUGUCAUUGAAGAAAUAUUGAGCUCUCGUGUCAAGAAAGGAAAGAAAAUGAAAGUUAAAAGGAUAAAUGGUCGUGAUGACCACCUUCCAUCUAUAGAAGAAUCAGAACCUGUAGAAGGGGAUCCUGAGGAAAAUAUUCAGGGAGGAGAGGUCUGCACUAAUGAAACACUAAAUGGUGGUAAUGGCUCAAGGGCUGAAAAUGAUAUAACGGAUCAGGACUUGCCAGAACUUUUCUGUCCAUGGAAGGAACUGGAGUCCCUUGUUAGGGGAGGAGUCCCAAAGGAUCUUAGAGGAGAGGUCUGGCAAGCCUUUGCAGGUGUGAAAGUACGGCGUGUUGAGAGCUAUUAUGAUGAUCUGUUAGCUCAAGAAACUAACAGUUGUGAAGGCGAGGAGCAAGCUGUUCCAUCUGGUGCAUCAGGGAAAUGCAGAAAGCAGAUUGAGAAGGACAUACCACGAACUUUCCCAGGGCACCCUGCUUUGGAUGAAAAUGGCAGAAAUUCCUUGAGGCGUUUACUGCUAGCAUAUGCUCGACAUAACCCCUCCGUUGGGUACUGCCAGGCAAUGAACUUCUUUGCUGGUUUGUUGCUGCUUCUUAUGCCAGAAGAAAAUGCCUUUUGGACAUUCGUUGGAAUUAUUGAUGAUUAUUUUGAAGGCUACUAUACGGAAGAAAUGAUAGAAUCUCAGGUGGACCAGCUUGUUUUUGAGGAAUUGAUGCGUGAGAGAUUUCCUAAACUUGUUAAUCAUCUAGAUUACUUGGGAGUGCAGGUGGCAUGGAUAUCUGGACCGUGGUUUCUAUCAAUCUUUGUGAACAUGAUUCCAUGGGAAAGUGUUAUUCGAGUUUGGGAUGUUCUGCUAUUUGAAGGAAACCGUGUUAUGCUAUUUCGAACAGCACUGGCUCUAAUGGAAUUAUAUGGUCCUGCAUUAGUUACAACAACAGAUGCAGGUGAUGCAAUUACUCUAUUGCAAUCACUUGCUGGCUCAACAUUUGAUAGCAGCCAACUUGUCCUUACUGCUUGUAUGGGUUACCUAGCUGUGACUGAGGCAAGAUUACAGGAACUGAGAGAAAAACACCGUCCAUCUGUAUUAGAAGUUAUAGAAGAAAGGUCACAGAAAGGACGAGUUUGGAAAGAUUCCAAAGGGCUUGCAUCUAAAUUGUAUAGUUUCAAGAAAGACCCAGGGCCCCUGGUAGAAGAAAGAAAAGCUAAUGACGAAGGUGAUAUGGUAGCUGAUAAGGAUGUGCAGUUGGACUUGGAGUCCCAUUCCUCUAAUUUAGAUGAAUUGCUCAAUAGCCUCAAUAUUGAUUCCAAAGUGGAUUCCCUACCAGAUGUCCAGGAUCAGGUGGUUUGGUUGAAGGUUGAGUUGUGCAGAUUGCUGGAGGAGAAAAGAUCUUCCAUACUCAGAGCUGAGGAACUAGAAACAGCUCUAAUGGAGAUGGUGAAGGAAGAUAAUCGUCUGCAGUUGACUGCAAGGGUUGAGCAAUUGGAGCAGGAGGUAUCUGUGUUACAACAAGCCCUUAACGAUAAGCAAGAACAAGAAGCUUCCAUGCUGCAGGUCCUAAUUCGGCUAGAGCAGGACCAAAAAGUUACUGAAGAUGCCCGUAGAAGAGCAGAGCAAGAACUUGCAGCUCAGAAACUUGAAGUUCACAUCCUCCAGGAAAAGUAUGAGAAGGCCAUGGCAUCAAUUGCUGAGAUGCAGAAGCGAGUUGUUAUGGCAGAAAGUAUGUUAGAGGCUACCCUUCAGUAUGAAUCUGGUCAAUCCAAAGCACUAUCUUCUCCAAGGGCUGGUCGUGUAGAAAACGCUGCAAGGAAGAUUAGUCUUCUAAAUUUUGGACUUGGCUGGCGUGACAGAAACAAGGGAAAACCUAACACCGAGGAAUCCAGUGAAAGUUUGCAUGACAACGUCACUCCAAGAAAAGAGUCCAAUAAGGAAGAACAAGGUCGAUAGAGCAUGCAGCGCAGUGGCGCUCGAACCCACAAUCCAGUUCUUUGCCAACUUUUGAGUUGUUGCUUAUUCCUGAUAUCACUGCCCAAUUUUCAUUGUUAAUUCUCCUCUUCCUUUCUUCGUGAUCCAUUGUAUUCUGCUAAAGUUAAAUCCGAUGUAAGAAAUUGUUUCAUGUGUUGAUAGAUCAAUUAGGUGUAGAGAAUAUAUUUUUGUCUUUGACACCAUUGUUCCAAUCAAUUUGUUUGCCAAGUAUAGUGGAAAAAGUUGACAAAAUUAUGUACUGACCGAAAGAAGAAAAACGGAAAUCUAAUCUUGGUUAGCAAGGGCUCUUAGAUUUGAUACAGAUUCGGUAAGCAUUGAAAUGUGAGAAAAAAUAUUAGGCGGUGUCCUUAUUUUGAUA